GUAUAUUUUUCUUCUUCUUUUCUACUCUUGGCGGCAGUUUUCAAGAACAUCGCCAAUAUGUUCUUUUUCUUCCUUCGGGUUAACCGAACGGUUAUACAAACCUUGACAAACUCGUUUUUUUGUUAAAUUAUUGGCUUUUUUUUAACAAUAUUUACUUAAUAAUAAUUGCUUUUCUAUUCAGUGAGAGUUUUAAUGUUUACUUUUAAUUUAAGAGAAAUAAAUAAUACAAAUUUUAGAUAAAUUUUAUUAAAUACAAUCUAUAAUAUGUACAAUUCAAUAUUAAAUCGAUGUCCAGCUACAUAUAUAUACAUUGUUAUAUCAUUGUAUUUUACCGGAACAGUAUAUUGUAGUACUAUUGUUCCUCCAGAUAUCAACCCAACACCACCAUUAGAAUUUCCAACAGAAGGGCAAAAUUUAAAAAUUAUUCAAGCGAUUUCAUUAAUUGAUACAUUAACAAAUGAUUUAUCAAACUCUCCAGUACUUUACUUUAGUAAUCCAGAACUCAAUACAACUUCUAACAAAUCACAAGAAGAAAAUAUCAGGAUUACUAGUCAUGUGCAUACUCUCCAAAUCAAUGAAUUAAAUAUUUCAAAAAACUGUACUAGAAAUAUUAUCAAUAGUAAUUUAUUCAGUAACAAUGCAACAUCCAUUCUAUUUAUCUUUGCUGGUUUUUUAAUCGCUAUAAUGAGUUUUCUUACAGUCAUCGUAUUAUAUACAAAAAAAAUUAAAACAAAAAAAUUGUCAGUCAAAGAAAUAUUGGUGGUGGAAUGUAAAGAAUUUAUAAUUAAUAAUUCAAUUCAUCAAGUGUAACAUGAAUAAAUGUUUUAAUAUUAAUAAAUUUAAAGAAAUACACAUAAAU